UUUCUAAUCAGGCCAGGUUCGAAUUAGAUUAGUUGAAGAAGGGGCCAAUUUCAGAUCAAACCCAAACAUGACCCUAAAAUCUUAUUAUUCCAAUAAUAAAUUAAUUUAUUAUUUGGGAGCUACAUGACUGCUGAAGGAGGAAGCCUCCAAAGUCAUACCUUUGAUCGGCUGACCGUUUAUUAUCUGACUCUUUCCGAUCGUAACUAAUUACUAUACGAUGAUGGCGGGUCCUCUUCAACAUUGACACUUUCAAGGAUUGUAAUUCAAACAUCUCGACCAAGUCUGCGUUGACACUUCUCUGCCCCUCCUUCCUGCUUGUAUUCUUUCUAUAAAUACCCAACCCCCCAUCCAAACAUCAAAUAUACAGAUCAAAACCAAAGAUUUGUUGAACUUCAGCAGAAGAGAGAAACCAGGCCACCGAAAGAUCUUAGCAAGAAUUAAGAUGGCCGCACUACAGACCCACUGCCUUCUUCAACCUUCAUGCUUUAUACCGUCGCGGCUCCCGCCGUGCCGUGGAAGAUGGCGAGCAAGCCUUCAAUCUCUUCCAAAACUUCAAUCUCUCAUCCCAUUUGAAGAACUUGCCAUGCUAACAGAACAGUCGACCAUCAAGAGGAACAGGUUGGUUGCUCACAAGGAAGAGCAGAACAACAGCUUAAUCACUGCCAAGCUUCUUGCCAUCGCCGAGGCCGCCGCAGACCGCGCAGAAAUGCAUGCCAUCAUCGGCGAGCAGCGCAACAAUUGGAACCACCUCUUCCUCCAUUCUAUCAAUUCCAUCAACCUCACCGCCUCUCUCAUGGCUGCGAUCGCCUCCAUCCCUGAAAUAGCAGCAUCCCAACCCCUCAACCUCUCCUCCGCCGUCCUCUUCACUUCAGCUGCCGGACUGAUGCUUCUCGUCAACAAGAUCCAGCCUUCGCAGCUUGCAGAGGAGCAGCGGAACGCCGCCCGACUCUUCAAGCAGCUGGAAAGAUCAAUCCGAAGCUUGGGAGCCAGUACUCCAAGUGAAUCCGACGUGGAAGAAGCCAUGGAGAAGGUUCUCGCGCUGCAAAAGGCCUACCCGCUUCCUCUGCUCCCGGGAAUGCUCGAAAAAUUUCCCAAAGUAGUCGAGCCCACCAAAUGGUGGCCGAAGCAGAAGAAACCACAAAGGAAGCAAGGAGUUGCUAGGAAUGGGUGGAGCAGUGAGAUGGAAAAGGAGAUGAGGGGAGUUUUGAGAGUGCUGAAAUCCAAGGAUGAGGAGCAGUACGUAAGGCUUGGACAACUGGUUCUUAGCAUCAACAAGUUCUUAUCUUUCGCCGGCCCUCUGCUCGCCGGAGUUGCCGCGGUCGGAGCUGCUAGUUCCAUAGGCGGCGGUGCACAUGGUUCGUGGCCGGCGGUGGUUGGGGGAGCGUUGGCGGCAGUGGUGAACACACUGGAGCACGGGGGGCAGGUGGGGAUGGUGUUCGAGCUGUUUAGGAACUGUGCUGGAUUCUAUAGGAGGUUGGAGGAGGAGAUUGAGUAUAACUUGGGGGAGGAGGAGGAGAUGAGGGAACAGGGAGAGGUCUUUGAAGUGAAGAUGGCGUUGGAGCUUGGAAGGAGUCUGUCUGAGCUCAGAAGAAUGGGUUCCUAUUCAUCUCCUUCUUAUGAAGAUGAGGACAUUGAAGAGUUUGCCGGAAAGCUAUUCUGAUGAAAUUAGAUUCAGAAACACCUUAUUCGAGAUGGAUAGAUAAUCAAUGACUUGUACAUCACUAAUUAUUUUAUUUAAUUAUUCUUUUAUUCUUCACACAUAUUGGUUACUUCAUUAAUUUUUUUCUUUGG